CCCGCCUUCCCGUCGGCGGCCCGCAAGUGCGGGAGUGGCGGGCUCGGCGCUCCGGGUCGCGUGGAAGCGGAGAGCCCAGGUCCCCCGCGUGGGGCCGGCGCGCCCACAAGCCCGAGGCCCGGUCAGAGCUAAGGACAUACCCAGAAGCCAAGCCAUGGAUCUACCUGCACGUAAAGAAAAAUCCAAAGUUAAAGAACCUGUUAGCAGGGUGGAGAAGGCUAAGCAGAAAUCAGCCCAGCAAGAGCUGAAACAAAGACAGAGAGCAGAGAUCUAUGCCCUCAACAGAGUCAUGACAGAACUGGAGCAGCAGCAGUUUGAUGAAUUCUGUAAACAGAUGCAGCCUCCUGGAGAGUGAGCCAGCCAGGUCCAGCUGCCAGGACUGUCCGGGCCUCAUCUGCACGCUUGUUACCAGCUUAAGCUCAGAUGGCCCAUGUGGAGCCUUACUGAAGUAGAUAAGACAUUUGUGGAUAAACCUGAACUUACUAUUGUGACUUCCGCUUCAUGGUUCUUCCACUCUGAAUUGUCCCAGUGUUUACUGAAGAGACAUCUCUUCGACGAAGAUAAUAGGCCUUUUUUUUUUUUUUUUUUUU